GUUUUAAAAAAAAUCAUAAUAAUAAAACUUCCUGCGGUUGUCAGGAGGACGUGAGCCAGGGAUUGGAGAAGCAAUUGACGGGGCUUCCCUGCACGCAGACACGGAGUGCUUGAAGGCUGUCUCCUAUCACACUUCUUCAGAGGAAGGUGCAAUAGGUCACAGCGUGGGACUGAAGGAGCUCAGAUACACAGGAAAGCUUUCUGAGGCAGGACUGGAAUAUGAGGAGCUGGGGAGAACUGGCAUAUCUCUUCUUCUUCCCUGUUUGGGCAGGGGUGAAUCCAGUGGCUCUAGGACUUGGCACCCAUGUGAAGGGGAAGGAUGCUCCUGCAAGGCACCUCCAGCACCAGCUGCAGCAUGGCUCCUGCACCUACACUUUCCUGCUGCCAGAGCUUGGGGGCUGUGACUCGCCUGCUGCUGAAUACCAGGUUUCCAACUCACUCCAGAGGGAUGCUCCCUCCCUAGCUGAGGCCAAGUGGCCGGUAAAGAAGCUUCAGCAGCUGGAAAACAUCAUGGAAAAUAACACCCAGUGGUUACAGAAGCUGGAGAACUUUAUCCAGGAUAGUGUGAGAAUGGAAACAUCUGACAACCACCUCAGUGCUGUGCAGAACCACACAGCGGCCAUGUUGGAAAUUGGCACCAGCCUUCUGAACCAAACGGCUGAGCAGACUCGCAAGCUCACUGAUGUAGAGAUGCAGGUUUUCACCCAGACCUCGCGGCUGGAAAUCCAAGUGCUGGAAAACUCUCUUUCUACCAACAAGCUUGAGAAACAGCUGCUGCUGCAGACUCAGGAGAUCAGCAAACUUCAAGAAAGGAACAGCUUCCUAGAGAAGAAGGUCCUGGCUAUGGAGGGGAAACGUGAGGAAGAGCUUCAAGGCCUCAGGUCUGAGAAACAGGAAAUGCAGAGGUUGCUGUCCAAGCAAGUGGACCUCGUUGGGCACCUGGAACAGCGUCUGGGCACUGCCCUGGUCAACAACACAGUCCUCCAGAGACAGCAGGCCUCCCUGGCAGAGACUGUGAAGCUCUUGAUAGGCUUGGUGUCCCAGUGCAACCACAUUUCUCACAUCCACCCAGAAGAGCAGAAGACAUUCAAAGACUGUGCAGCUGCAUACAAAUCAGGGUUCACCGCUAGUGGCAUCUACACACUGCAGUUCCCCAACACUACAGCCACCGCAAAAUCCUUGCAGGUCCUCUGCGACAUGGAGACCAGUGGAGGCGGCUGGACUGUAAUCCAGCACCGGACGGAUGGUUCUGUUGACUUUCAGCGCACCUGGAAGGAGUAUAAACAGGGCUUUGGGUCCCCACCUGGAGAGCAUUGGCUGGGCAAUGAUUUCAUCCACUUGCUCACCACACAAACUUCCUACUACCUUCAUGUCAAACUCCAAGACUGGGAAAACAAUGAGGCCUAUGCCUUGUAUGACCACUUCCAUGUAGGCCCUGAGGAACAUAACUACCGGCUUUAUGUCGGGAGAUACAGUGGCACGGCUGGUCGCACAAGCAGCCUUAGUCCCUCAGGGACAGACUUCAGCACCAAGGACGUCGACAACGACCACUGUGCAUGCAGGUGUGCACAGAUGGCAGGUGGAGGCUGGUGGUUUGACGCUUGUGGACCCUCCAACUUAAAUGGCAUUUAUUACCCGCCCAGCCCUGCCAUGAACAGGUACAACGGCAUGAAGUGGCACUACUGGAAAGGCCCUAGCCACAGUCUGAAGGUGACCACCAUGAUGAUCCGCCCUGUGGAUUUCAGAGAGGAAUAAGAGGAGCUCGCCAUGUGGCUGAGAUGCGCAGGCUCCAGCAAGAUCAACUGAAACUCGAAUGCAGCGUUGUGUCUCUCUCCAAACUUGUGCAAUCUCAAAAGGGGAAGUAUGGGUGGGUGUACUUUCUGGGAGUCAAAGAACAUCAUUGUACUUCUAUUGGCACUAACCACAGAAGCAGCACCAGGCAUAUCCUAGAUGCAUCCUUGCCUGUCCUGUGUUAUAUAAGGAACUCCUAUAAAGUCAGAAAAUGGCUGAAAAUGGCUUGACUUUUAACAGGAGGCCUGGGGAGGGUGUGUGAGAGAGAGAGCAUUUAUGGCUUGAAAACAUUCAGGUGCUGCAGGAGGAGCUGAGCUAGACUUUCUGGAGUCAGGCAGGAACCUCUUCUGUGCUCUCUGUGGCUCCUGGUUUACACCUCCGUGAGCAGAGUAAAUUCGGAAAAUAUGUCCAUGUAUACUUAAUAAUUCAGUUUGGAGGACAAUGCACUCACUGUUUUGUGUGCCUUAAUGGUAUGUUUAAACAUUUCUUACUUGCCCCAUGUAUGGCUGGCAGAAUUCUCAACCAUCCCUAGUGUUCUAUGCAAAAUGUUAUUGACUCUCACUGGCAGAUGAAGGCAGAAGUUGAAGCGUUUGGUUUUUUCUUAUUCCACACUUAACUCUAUUGUGAGUUGUGUGCUGAUGUGUGAGUAUACACAUGUAUGUAAUUAACAAACAACUAAACAGUGCUAGAUUCAAGCGGAUUCUGCAGCCUAAGAAGUUAAGAACAUACCGGUAAGAAGGGCUUUGCUGCCUGAGAUUGAAGGUCCAUCAAGUCCACCAGCCUGUUUCAUACAGUGGCCACCUCGGGGACAUGGCAGGCAGGGCAUGAAGGCAGAAGCCCCCUCCUUUUGCUGUAUUCCAGCAUGUGAUCCUCUUGGCUAUACUGCCUCUGGAGUCAUAUUGCUAUGCUGUUUAGCCAUUGAUAGCCUUCUCCCUUAUGAAUCUGUCUCGUCUCCUUUGCCAUGAAUUUAAUUCUGUGUCAUGAUGUGAAGAUGUUUGGGGUUGUUGUUGGUUUUUUUUUUUGCCUCCCCACAAUCUAUUCUUGCCACAUUUCCCUCAUGGUUCUGAUUCUGUCUCAUCUCAGAAGCUAAGCAGGCCCAGACAGUACCCAGAUGGGGAGGAUCACUUGAGAGUCCUGAGUAAUCUGGAAUCUGCCGCUGCCAAUUGGUUUCACUGAAUAACUGCAACUUCUAAUAUGGGGCAGUGAGCCUUUGGACCUCUAGCUAUUGUUGGACUACAGCUCCCAUCAUCUGUGGCCAUUGGUCAGGCUUACUAGGGCUUAUGGGAGUUGUAGUUCAGCAAUAAAGGAGGGUCAACAUUUUCCUACUCCAGUACUAUGGCAGAGGAUAUAUAUUCUCUGUUCACUUUCUUCAAAGCAUGCCUAAUCUUAUAAAUAUUAUGUCCUCUUUUAGAACUCCCCCAUCAACAACAACUAUAAGACCCAAAUUCUGCAAACUUUCCUUUUGGGAAAUAGCCCCAGUUUAGAUCAUGAUAGCUGUCCUUUUCUGCACCAGUUCUACAACAUCUCCUCUACAAAGGGGUGAUCAGAAUUGUGGCCAAACUACCUUAUAUCAAAUCAUUGUAAUACUCAGCAUUUGAUUUUUCCUUCGACUGCAGAAAUAAAAUUAAAAUGUAAGUAUGUGCCUGGGAACCAUCAUCUGCAAUUCAGAUGAAACAAGAUAUUGGUGCUAAGGUUUCACCAUCAAAUGCUGAAUUGCUUGCUGCAAUAAAUCUUGAUUGAGAUAUCUACGCCCGUUCAGACUUGUAAAUGUUUACAAAAAGUAAGCCAUCCAGCUCAGAGACAUUAGAAGCUGGAGAGAACUUCUGAGUAUACAGAAUGGCCUCCGGUUGAAGGAUAAUACAUAUUCUUUUGGAAACUGCUUAUGAGUUUUCUGUUGAGUAAGUGGUAUAUAAAUUUUGCUAAAUGAAAUAUGAAAAAAAAUAAAACUUCUACCCCUCAAAAAUUCUCUUGCAUUUCUGUAGCAGAGGAAAUAUUGCUAAGAAAUCUCUGCACCCUCCACAUUCCCACAACUACCACCUUUGCUCCCAGGGUCUGGUAUGAAUUAAAAGAACAAGUCAUUGUUAAAGGCAGAAACUGCUAUGUCACACUAAAUCAGGUGGAUAAUCCCUAGUAUUGAGGACCUGAUCGGAACCCAAGCAAAUUUUGCUGCCUUGUCCUCCAGACC